GCGAUCAGAGCGCCAGGGGGCAGACCGAGGCGCUGUCGGUUUGGUUUGAGUGAACGCGCACGCGCGCGCCCCUGUGGCGGCCUCCUCGGAUUGGUCGGAGUUGGCCCUAGCGAGGCCGCCGGGGAGGGUCCGCUGGAGCAGAGACGCUGAGGCGUUCGGGGACCGGCGGGUUUGCGGAGUAGGUAGCGGAGCCGGAGUCAGGUGGCUUCCGGAGGCCUGGCCGCCGCCUUCUCCUUCCAGGAUAGCGGCCCUGGGGGCCUUCCGGUCACAGCCACCUGGAAAAGUACCAAGGUCAGUAGGUGUGAACAAAGAGGGUAGAUCAAAUGCCUACAGCAGUUUUCAUAGUACUCAUGGAAAGCAUCCAUAUGAGACAACCUCUGUGGAUCUUGAGAAUGAUUGAGGAGAGUGGGAAGAGGAGAAGGACAAUGGCAGAGAAGAGACAGCUAUUCAUGGAAAUGAGGGCUCAGAAUUUUGAUGUCAUCAGACUUUCAACGUAUCGGACUGCCUGCAAACUGAGAUUUGUGCAGAAAAGAUGUAAUCUUCAUCUUGUUGAUAUCUGGAAUAUGAUUGAAGCCUUCCGAGACAAUGGCCUUAAUACACUGGAUCACAACACAGAGAUCAGUGUUUCUCGACUGGAAACGAUAAUUUCAUCCAUCUACUACCAGCUAAAUAAACGCCUUCCUUCUACUCACCAGAUCAGUGUGGAGCAAUCCAUCAGCCUUCUCCUCAACUUCAUGAUAGCCGCAUAUGACAGUGAGGGCCACGGGAAGUUGACAGUGUUUUCAGUUAAAGCUAUGUUAGCAACCAUGUGUGGUGGGAAAAUACAAGACAAACUAAGAUAUAUUUUCUCCCAAAUGUCAGAUUCCAAUGGAUUGAUGAUAUUUACAAAGUUUGAUCAGUUUUUGAGAGAAGUUUUAAAACUUCCAACAGCUGUAUUUGAAGGGCCUUCUUUUGGAUACACAGAACAUUCCGUACGGACAUGUUUCCCACAACAAAAAAAGAUAAUGCUAAAUAUGUUUUUAGAUACAUUGAUGGUUGAUCCACCCCCUCAGUGCCUUGUGUGGCUACCUCUCAUGCACAGACUUGCACACGUAGAAAAUGUCUUCCAUCCUGUGGAAUGUUCAUAUUGUCGGUGUGAGAGCAUGAUGGGUUUCCGGUACCGAUGCCAGCAGUGCCACAACUACCAGCUCUGUCAAAACUGUUUUUGGCGUGGCCAUGCAAAUGGCCCUCAUAGCAACCAACAUCAGAUGAAGGAGCAUUCCUCUUGGAAAUCGCCUGCCAAGAAGCUGAGCCAUGCAAUUAGUAAAUCUCUUGGUUGUGUGCCCACUAGAGAACCACCUCAUCCUGUAUUUCCUGAACAGCCAGAGAAGCCACUUGAUCUUGCUCAUAUUGUUCCUCCUCGACCUCUGACCAACAUGAAUGACACCAUGGUUACCCAUAUGUCCUCCGGAGCACCCACUCCAACAAAAAGGUUGCAGUACAGACUGGACACUGCCAAUCGUUUAGCUGAUGAGCAUGCACUGAUAGCAACGUAUGUGAGCCGGCUACAGAACGGUACACGUGUUUUGGACAGUCCUAGCAGACUUGAUGAGGAACACAGACUCAUUGCCCGAUAUGCUGCCAGGCUGGCUGCAGAAGCUGGAAAUGCACCACGCCCACCAACAGACUUGGGUUUCAAUUUUGAUGCCAAUAAACAACAAAGACAGCUGAUAGCCGAACUGGAAAACAAAAACAGAGAGAUAUUGCAAGAAAUUCAGCGCCUCAGACUGGAGCAUGAACAAGCCUCCCAGCCAACCCCAGAGAAAGCUCAGCAGAACCCAACUUUGCUGGCAGAACUCAGGCUUCUACGGCAGAGAAAGGAUGAACUAGAACAGAGAAUGUCUGCACUUCAAGAGAGCAGAAGGGAACUGAUGGUGCAGCUUGAAGGGCUAAUGAAACUGCUCAAGGAAGAAGAGCAAAAGCAGGCAGCUCAAGCAGCAAGCUCCCCACACUCCUCACCUACCCAUGGAGCCAGUCGCCCAAUGCCAAUGCCUGUCAGAGCCACUUCCGCUGGCUCUACCCCAACUCACGUACCUCAGGACUCACUUGCAGGAGUCGGGGGAGAUGUGCAGGAAGCUUUUGCACAAGGUACACGAAGAAACCUCCGUAAUGAUUUAUUGGUUGCAGCUGAUUCAAUUACAAAUACAAUGUCUUCUUUGGUGAAGGAACUUCAUUCAGCAGAGGAAGUAGGUGAAGAAGAAGAGGAAAAGAUGCAGAAUGGAAAGGACAGAGGCUACCUUAGAUGCACCCAAGUCCCUGCACCAUCCAGCCCCUGUCACUGGACACUCACAGAAAUCACCAGGUUAGAGGGAAGAACCCAGACUGCACAGUAAUUCAAGCACAGAGGGUUAUGAAGCGAGCUCAUGUUCUAACGAAGUCUCCACAUCCUUUGGAAGAGGCAUGUUUCAGCCGAUACACACACCAUUGUUCAACUGUGAAAGAUCACAACAAACCACCUGCUGUAAGGGAAGGGAAAGCAGCUUUCUUUUAACUGACUGAAGGGCUUUCCCUCCCUCUGAGACUAUUGCAUGUACUAUUUUCAUAGGUUUUUGCCAAUGCUAAUCGGACAAUGCCCCAUCAAAAAUUCAACAAAAUGUUUUUACGGGAGGUUUCAAAAGAAAACUGUUCUCUUGUAAAGUG